GCCCUCUCCAACGCCCAUUUCAUCAGCUCUAUUGGUGGAGGGCCUCGCGAACAGGCAAAGCGAACAGGUUCAAUUGACGGUCCGGGUUUUAAAACAUUGCAAUUCUCUGAAUCUUCUUCUUCUACUUUUCUAAUUUCCCUCCCAAUUCCAAAACUGGUCCAUCAGGAUCCUGACACUGCAGCUCCAGCACUGUCUGCUCGGCUGUUCCGCCACUAUGAUUCACAAAGUCACAACCGAUGCUCAUAUGAAUUUGAUCCGCCGAUACUCAUCCGCUUGUCUCGACCCCUUACCAUCAACAUUAUCAUCUGCUUAUACGGCAUCAAUCUUAUCACUUUUAAAACGGUGCAAGACCAUCCGAAGCUUAGAGCAAGUCCACCCUCACAUCAUCCACAAGGGCUGCGAGCAGGAUCCCUUUUUGAUUACCCAAUUUCUGUCCCUCUGCAUCGCUCUCUCUUCUGACCUCUCCUACCCUACCGCUGUUUUCGAACACGCCAUUCAGCCCAAUAUUUAUCUUUGGAACACCCUGCUCAAGGGCUACUGUAGACAUUCCUCUUUGGUCAAUUCAUUUUCGCUUUUCAAUCGGAUGAAAAAGUCUACGAAUGCAAGCCCGGAUAAGUAUACUUUCCCGCCGUUGAUCAACAAGUGUGCUAAUGUUUUGGCAUUGAGGGAAGGGCGGAUUCUCCACGGGUCAAUAGUAAGGUGUGGUAUUGAAACUGAUGUGUACGUGGGUUCCAGCUUAGUUGACUUCUAUGGCAAGUGCAAGGAGAUCGAGUGCUCCCGGAAGAUGUUUGAUAUUAUGCCCGUUAGAAACGAAGUCUCUUGGACGGCUAUGCUUGUUGGCUAUCUGAAUGUCGGAGAGGCAUUGGAGGCGAAGAACUUGUUUGAUGAAAUGACUAAUAGGAAUUUAGCAUCCUGGAAUGCGAUGAUUAGUGGCUUUGUUAAAUUCAGUGAUUUGAGGAGUGCUAGGGAAUUAUUCAAUGAGAUGCCCGUGAAGAAUGCAAUUUCCUAUACCACUAUGAUUAAUGGGUAUGCCAAGGCCGGUGACAUGGUGUCUGCAAGAAUGUUAUUCGAGCAAUCAGAUGAAAAAGAUAUUGUAUCCUGGUCUGCCUUGAUAUCCGGGUAUGCCCAGAAUGGACAGCCCAGCGAGGCGAUACAGAUGUUUUACAGGAUGCAGUGUAGGAGCGUCAAAUCGGAUGAGUUCACUAUGGUGAGCUUGAUGUCUGCUUGUUCCCAAUUGGGUUGUUUGGAAUUAGCAAAAAUAAUUGAUUCUUAUAUGCAUCAAAGCUCAUUUGAUCUCAAGCGUGUUCAAGUUGCUGCAGCUCUCAUAGAUAUGAAUGCCAAAUGUGGGAACAUGGAUAGAGCAUCAACCUUGUUUGAGCAAAUGCCCAUGCAUGAUGUGAUCUCAUACUGCUCAAUGAUACAGGGUCUAUCCAUUCAUGGGAGUGGUCCACAGGCUGUGGCACUGUUUGAAAGGAUGCUAAAGGAAGGACUUGUGCCUGAUACUACAGCCUUUACGGUAAUUCUAACAGCUUGCAGUCAUGCUGGUCUCAUUAAGGAAGGUUGCCAUUAUUUUGACUCUAUGGUUAAUGAAUUCUCUCUUGAGCCUUCUCCGGAUCAGUAUGCAUGCCUCAUUGACCUUCUUGGUCGAUCAGGAAAGCUUAAAGAUGCUUACGACAUUCUUAAGUCAAUGCCCGUAAAGCCUCAUGCUGGUGCUUGGGGUGCACUUCUUGGCGCUUGCAAGCUUCAUUGUGACCUUGAAUUGGGGGAGGAGGUAGCAUGUAGACUAAUUGAGCUUGAGCCCUUAAAUGCUGGGAAUUAUGUGUUGUUAUCAGACAUCUAUGCUGCUGCAAAUAAAUGGUUGGAUGUUUCACUUUUGAGGCUCAAAAUUAGGGAGAAAGGACUCAAGAAAAUUCCCGGUUGUAGUUGGAUAUGAAGUAGAAAAUCUUGGUUUAUUGAAGUUACUUUUUCCACAAAAAAGACUGGGACUAAGGUCUUUAAUCAUCAGACACCAGCAGAAGCUCAAUAUCGAGGAAGAUAGCCAGUUGUAGUUGAGUAUGAAGUAUAAAAUCUUGGUAUAAAGACAUUAGCUUUUCUAGAAAGAAGCUUGGGACUGAGUUCUUCAUUCAUUAGAUGCCCUCAGAAGCUCAAUACUGAAUUUAAAAUUGCUGGCUGCUAGGAUUCAAAAUAUCAAUUUUGAGGACAUCUGAGGUUUGUUCUGCUGGGAGUUUGAAUAUUAACACUCUGAUCAGGAAGGGACAUACAAUUUGUGAAUAUUGAGUAGGUUAUGUUUUCUGACAUGAUUAAUCCGAGCAGGCAAUCUUGUCAAUCUGUGAGGGUUGCUCAUUUAGCUUUAUGAAGUUUUAGAUAAUGUCAAAUAUGCAAAGUAAAUGCAGCUGACUACCGUUAUGGCUGCCAUUGCAUUUAGUGACCUGGAGUUAACAUUCUUUACUAUUGUUUCUUAAUCAUUUUUGCUUUAAUUCAUGGUGGGAAGCCUUGAUACUCUGAUGUUAAUAUGAAAUUAUGAGCUGAUGGAUGUAAAACCCAAGAAAGCAUGGAAUGCAUGGCCAACAGGUUUCUGGAAGGUAGACCACUUCCUCAGAAAUGCAUUCAUCAAGGUUUUGAUUUUGUUAAUCUUGGAUUUCCAUUUUCAAGAAUUGGCUGCAUUUCAGAAUCGGCUGGAGGUUUGCCUCAAGCUGAAUCAAUCAAAAUUCUGUAGACAAGCUUUUGAGAUUGCUCAAAAUGCAUUGGCUGAAAACAUGAGAGAUGUGCUCCAUCUGCAGAAACAAGAAAUGAGAACUCCAAACUGGCUGAAUUGAUUGAUCCUGCUCUAAAAGGGACUCUUAAUGUUCUGGGAUCAUGUGCAAAAUCUCCAUCUGUUAAAAGAGUGGUUUU